AUGGUUGAACCCGAACAAAAAGAUAAUGCAAACAAUCUUGAAGAUACAGUUCGCAAUCUUCGAGAAGAAAAUGCUAAAUUAUUACAAUUACUACGUUCUCAAGGACUUUUAUUUGAUCAAGUCGAUGAAAAAUCAAAUGAAUUAUCAAAUAUAACAUUCGAUAAUUCUGAUAUAAAUUUAACAACAAAUUCUAUCAAUACAACAAAUCAAAUAACUCAUCAACAUGUCAAUAAUCAUGGUCCAAUAAAUCAACAAAAUUAUUCCGGUCAAAUUAUUCAUGGUAAUCAAUCAAAUAUUACACCUAAUUUUAAUACAGUUAUUCAAACAACAAGUCAACCAUUUGUACAAAAUAAUUCGAAUACACUUGUACAAAAUAAUACCAAUUUAAUACAACCAAUAAAUUUAGUCAAUUUUAAUAAUGUUAGUUUAGAUUCUUUACAUUCAUUUUUUGCUUCACAAAAUAAUCUCGUAUAUUUGUCUCAAACAUCUUCAUCAUCAUCAACAACAACAACAACGACAACGACAACAUCAAAUAUAAAUGUUAAUAAUGAAUCUGAACAACAUCAACAAAUAUCAAUUCGACCAAAACCAUCUAUUAUUCCACAACAUCAAGAAAUAACAUCUGUUUUACCAAAAAUUAAUGAAAAUAUAUCCAGACAAUUAUCAUCAUCAUCAACAUCAACAAAUAGUGAAACAACUAACUUACUUGAUAAUGAUUUAAAUCAUAAACAACCAAGACCUAUUCGACCUAAACCAUCGUCCAGGACUAAUUCUAUACAGAACUAUGCUCCUGUUGUUCUCAAUGAAACUAAAUUACUGACUAACAAUGUUCUUACACCAUCAUCAUUAAUUAAUAAUACGAAUACAUCAUCAACUGUAUCAUUACUAUCACCAUCAACAUCUUUCGAUGAACAUCAUCAUGUAGAUCUAUCGCCUCAAUUAAUGCAAUCAAAAUCAGUUGAUUUAUCUGUUCCACUAACAAAUAAUCUUUUAAGUUCAACAAAAAAACCGAUACGUAAUCGUAAGAAACCUCCAAUACCAGCAACAACAACAACAUCAUCAUUAUUAUCGUCAUCAUCUGUAACUCUUCCACCAACUAAUCAAUCAUUAAUUCCUAUUGCUCCAAAUCCCGGUCGACCAUUAGCACCAGCUCCAUUAAAUGUUCAACGUGUUGUAACAACAAAUAAACGUUCGACAACAACCACAGCAUCAAAUAAAAAACGUAAUUCAAAAACAGUUACACAUUGUCAUAGUGAUAGUAUAAUAAAUCCUUCACCAACAAAUUCGUUUGCUGAAUCUAUAUCCGGUUUAAUGCAAAAUUUUGAUCAAGAAUUAUUAGCAUCAAAUUUUCUAUCACAAUCAGCAUUACCACCACCUCCAACAACAAAUAUUCUUUCAAAUGAUUCAUCAUCAAAUAUAAAUCUAAUUCGAACAUUAGAUAAUAUUGAUGUUAGACAAAUUGUUAAUACAACAAUUCAACGUACAGAGUCAUCUUAUCAAUCAAUGCCAACAUUUGAUGAAUUUAAUGAUGGACUUGAUACUGAAACAAAUCAAACAAUACAUGAUUAUAAUGUUGAUAAUGAACAAAUAACAUCGUUUAUGAAUGAAGAAGAUAUGCGUUUUGUUGAAAUGAAUUUUGAUGAAAAUACAUUUUUAAAACAAUUCGAUUUAGAUGAUGCAGGAAUUAAAUUAAAUGUUAAUUCUGAACAAAAUAUUUUUGCUAGUCUAUUAACAAAUAAUCAUCAUUUAAAUAAUCCAAUUGAACAAUCAAGUUCACCAUUACCAUUACCACAACCACCACCACCUCCUAUUUAUCCAGGAUCAUCAUUAAUUAAUAAUAAUGUUUUUACAACUGUUGUUCCAUUGGGUUUACAACAACAAUCAUCAUAUAAUAAUAAUAAUAUAUUUACUCAUAAGAAUACAUCAGCAUGUUUACCUGAAGAAGGUGUUCAAUUAACUGCUCGCCAUAUUGAACCAAGUCAAGUAGCAACUUAUGAAUCAGUAAAAUAUCAAGAUAUUCUUGACGAUUUAGUCACUGUAACCGAUCAAGAUGUCUUAAGCCAUGUUCAAGCUGCUGCUGCUGCAAAUGAUACGACCGUUAUUUCAACUGAUUUUUCUUUUGCUUUAAUUGAAGCAACGAAUGAAAUAAUAAAAACUGAAAUACAAGAUGUAGAAGAAACAGCAUCAACAUUUGUUGAUUUACGAUAUUUUUAUCCAAUUGAACAAGAACAAGAAAUGUUACAAAAACAAUUAGAGCAAUGCGAACAUAAAGAAGAACCUCAAUCAACUCUUAUUCAUGAAGAAAAAUUUGAAAGUGAAAUGAAUUCAUCAGCAGAAUCACCAAAAUCGGAUGAAGAUUCAGCAAUAACUGAUCUUGCAUCAAUCAUACAAAUCAAUCAAAUACAUUUAUCAUCUCCUGUUAAAGAAACAACACCAUCUAUUGAUUAUGAUGCCUUUCUUCUUCCUCCUCCAGCUCCAGCUCCAGCUCCAGCUCUACCACCACCACCACCACCACCACCACAGGCACCAUCACUACCACCUCCACUACCAUUACCAUCAUCACUACCACCACCACCACCAUCACCGGUACCGUCAUCAUUACUACCACCACCAUCACCGUUAUCAUCAUCGCUACCGCUACCACCACCACCACCACCACCAUCACAACCGGUAGCAUCAACGACAACAACAUCAAUGGAAUUUUCAUCUUCAUUUGAUCAAAAUUCUCGAAAAGCAUGUAUUAUAUUCGAACCGAUCUUAUCUCCAAUGAAUUCUCCAUCUCCAGCAAAUCCUCCACCUCUAAUGAAUCCUCCAUCUCCAAUGAAUGCUUCAUCUCCAAUGAAUUCUUUACGUUUAACAAAUAUGGCAUCUCCAAUGCAUCCUCCAUCUUCGAUUAAUUCUUUACCGUUAAUGAAUUCGCCAUCUCUAAUACAUCCUUCAUCUCCAACAAAUCUUACAUCUCCAAUGAAAAUCUCAGAUAAUGAACUCGUUCUUGAUUCUGGUUGUUUAAUAACUUCAUCUGUUGAAAAAUCGAAUGCUUUAAAUACUAAUGAUAUUGAAGAAUUAUUAAAUGAUACUGUCGAUAAUCCAUAUGAAAUUAUUGAGAAUCAAGGUCAAUCAUUGUCAUCGCCUUCUUCUACGAAUUUAAAUGUUAAUAAUCUCGAUCAUUUAAUUGAUCAAAUAGAAGAACCACCCAAAGAAAUUUUAGAAAAAAAUUUCCUUCAUUAUCAGCAAAUUUAUCAAGAAAAUCUGAAGAAAAAACCAAAAGAACAGUAUUCGCCAAUACCAUCAGUUAAAUUGAAACUUAAUUCAAUUUAUCCAAAGCAUAAAAAGAAACGAAAAACAUCUCCGUCACCUGUUCCUGUUUGUGAAAACAUUCGGCCACCAUUGAAGAUAAAAAUUCGAACAAAACUACCAUCACCACCACGGCCGUCAUCACCACUUCCUCCUCCUCCUUCUCCUCCAAAAGAAGAACUAUCAGUACCGAAAUUAAAAAUUCGUAAACCAAUUAAAAAACCUAAGCGUAAAAAAUCUUCAAUAGAAGAUGAUUUAGAUCGUGAAGCAAAGCUUUCCUUAAAAACUGAAUAUGCUGGUUUAACACGUUUUGAACAAUCAUUAGCCCAAUUAUAUCGUCAACAAUCAUCGCCAGAUACUCGAAUUCCGCCAACACCUGGAGAGAAUGAAGACUUAACAACUCGUCCUAAUAAACAAGAUACACCACCAAUACAUGAAAUGAAACAUAAUUCAAUAAAAUCACCAGAAAAUUCACGUAAAAAAAUAUCACAUUUAUUAAACUAUGAUGAUGAACCAUUGAAUAAUAAUACAUUUAUAACACCACCACCAGAGAUUGAAGCAAAUAUUCAACAUCAAAAAAUUUCGAAUGAUUAUCAACGAAGUCCAAAGAAAGUUAAAAAAUCGAAGCAAAGUUCUGUAAAUAAUCACAAAGAACAUUAUUCAUCAUCAAGAAAAUCAGAACAUUUUCCACCACCACCACCACCACCGCCACCACCAUCACAGCAACAACAACAGCAGCAUCACCACCAGCAGCAACAUCAGCAGCAGCAGCAGCAACAACAACAACAACAACCGUCACCAAUGCAUAUUGAUCCAUAUGCACAACCUUAUCAUCAUUUUGAUGCUAGAACUGCACCAUUUUUUAAUUUUCCGUUUCCAAAUCCAUUUAUGAAUCCACAUCCAGCACCACCAUCCAAUCAUUUUCAUCCUAAUUCAAUGAAAUAUCAUUAUCCAACGCCUGGUUAUCCAACACAUCAACAACCAUUUUCUUAUCAUCCACAUUUACAACGACAACAACAGUAUAAUAGCUCUAAUUAUAUGUGUAAGUUUUAA